AUGAGGUCCACUUUCAAGAACGAGCACACGUUUGAGAAACGCAAGGCCGAGGCCGAGCGCAUCCGCCAGAAGUACCCCGACAGGAUCCCUGUCAUCUGCGAAAAGGCCGACCGAACCGACAUCCCUACAAUUGACAAGAAGAAGUACCUCGUGCCAUCAGAUCUCACAGUGGGCCAGUUUGUCUAUGUCAUCCGCAAGAGGAUCAAGCUGGCGCCCGAGAAGGCCAUCUUCAUCUUUGUCGACGAGGUACUGCCCGCCACCGCCGCGCUGAUGAGCGCAAUCUACGAGGAGCACAAGGACGAGGACGGUUUCCUCUACGUCAGCUACUCGGGAGAGAACACCUUUGGCCACCAAUGA